AUGCCAAAAGGGACGAGGGGUGACAAAGCCAUGGCCUCACUCUCUCCUCCUCUCUCCCUGCCAGGUUUGCACAUCUUCGCCAUCGCCUUCGCCUUGGAGGUGUCAGUGGGGAAAACCAACACGGUGACGGCUCUGAAUAACUCCAAUGUCCUGCUGCCCUGCGUCUUCACCACCUGCAUAGGCUUCCAGGACCUGGUCUUCACAUGGUAUUUCAACUCGACAGAGCUGAUUUACCACGGCAAGAUCAAGAGCAAAGCCACGGAGCCCAUCCGCAUCUGGAGCAACCCGCGGGUGGAGUUUGUGGGCUCCACCACCAAGAAGGAGAACAACAUCUCCAUCGUGCUGAACAGCGUGGAGUUCAGCGAUGCCGGCAAGUACACCUGCCACGUCAAGAACCCCAAGGAGAAGAACGCCCAGCACAACGCCACCAUCUUCCUCACCGUGGUCCAUAAGAUGGUGAAGACGGACAACACUGUGACGCUCAUCAUCGUGGGCGUGGUGGGGGGGCUCAUCGGCCUCCUCAUCCUCUUCAUGCUCAUCAAGAGGGUGGUCCUGUUCAUCAUCAAGAAGACGCAGGACGGGAAGAAGGAGUGUCUGGUGAGCUCGUCAGGGAACGACAACACCGAGAACGGCCUGGCCGGCUCCAAGGCGGAACAAAAAGCACCACCAAAGGCAUGA